AACUGAGACCGUAUUCAUUCACGCUUCGUAAACAAACGACAAGAGAGAAGAGAAACCGUUUUUUUGGAGGUUUAUGAAGUAUCAGUUAACCCGGAUCAGACAAUUAAUAUGAUUGGUUUUUUUUCGCGUCAAGUAUCUACGAAACCGAGUUUUUGCGCGCAGUUUGCAAGAAAUGCUCAGCACAGACAGAUUUCUACAGGUUGCUCGGUGGGAACAAUACUGAUCCGUUCUCCUAUAUUAACACGGACACCAUCCGAUUUCGAACAAAGUGUUUACAAAUAUAAUGCGGAAUUAUGGAAUGAAUUAAGUGUCCCUUUGCCAAAAGACUUUUAUUUCAAAAAGGGAUCCGUUGGUGAAAAAGAUUGGAAGACAAAACAAAAGAACCUGGAAGGAAAAGAGUCUCCCUUUCAAGCCAUUUUCGAAAAUGAGCAUAAGUUGAUGGAAGAGAAUGCACUCCCCGAUCCAAGCACCCAUUUACAGCCAAGAAUCACAGAAGCAGACCGAGCUGGAGAUGUACACAGCACUCAGCGUUGCUUAGAAAAGUCGCUUUUUCUAUUAGUUAAACCAACGAAGGAUGCCGAAUGGCAGUUUCCUAAUGUGCCAAUUGAGAAUGAUGAAAAAGCUUUGCAUAUGCUUUGCCGAGAAAAUUUACAAAACAUUUUAGACGAACAAUCUUUAACCUGGCUUGUCGCCAAUCAUCCUGUAGGUUUAAUUAGAGAAGAUGAAAAGAAGUUAUUUCUGUUAAGAGCCAGGCUGGUGCAAGGUUUACGAGUCCCAAAGGUAGAAAAUGUCCAUGACUGGGCUUGGAGUAGUUAUGAAGAAUUACCUAACAGACUGUCUCCAACUGCAUGGAAUUAUGUAAAAGAUAUCUUGCAUGAUCGAUUGUGAGUUGUACCAAAAAUACAUGAAAUCUAGCAUUCUCACUUUAAGAUAUUUCAAACCUGUCGAUACACAUCUAUUUUUUAUAUUUAGCAAAUGAUAAUUUGAGGUUUUACUGUUACAGUUGGCUGUCCCUCUAAUCAGGAAAAUAAGAUUCAAGUCGUUAAUUUCUUUCACCAGCCAAAAUGAAUUGAUAUACAACGCACUGAUACUUAGAUGCUUUCUACUUAUUAAAUAAAAGAGCACUUUUUAAAACUGAUAAAU